AUGGAAAAGCCGUGGAAGGUUAAAUUCCGAAAUGUAGGACGCAGUUAUUUCCCGCAGACUAGAGUUGAAUGUCACUACAGUAUAAGUAAACGUCACAACUGGACCAGCCGUGACUGGAUCGGCCUUUUCAAGGUUGGCUGGCGGUCAGUGAGACAGUACUACACCUUUGCCUGGGCACUUGUUCCAGAAGGGUACAAAGAGGGAACAGAUGCUGACUGCUGUGUACAUUUCCAUUCAUUUUAUCUGCCCAAUCCUGGUGCGUUGGAGUACCAGUUUGUGUACGUUGACGAGAACGGUAAGGUACGUGCCAUCAGCCCUCAGUUCACUUUCUGUGCCCCGAGACCCUUAGACGAGCUGGUGACUCUGGAAGAGGAGAAGGAUGGAGAGGAGGAGGAGGAGGUGGGAGAGGACCUCCUGCUUGUGGUGCCCAAAGCUCAGAUACUGCAGAGUCAGCUAGAAACAUGUCAACAAGAUCUGAAAAAGUUACACUCCAAGCUGGAGGAUGCUGAGGAGGAGCUGGAGAGAGAAAGAGAAGAGAGCAGGAAAAUCAUGGAAGACUCAGAGCGGGAAAAAGAGGGAAUGAGGGAUGAGAUAGCAGAACUGAGGGACAACCUGAGAACCUGCCUUGAACAGAUCAAGAAGAUGGAAGGGAAGCAAAAGGAAACACAGAACUCUCAUGAGACGGUAUCUGCUGAGCUGAGUGGCCUAUGGGCAGAGAAAGCGGGGAGCCAACAGCGAAUCAGAGAACUGGAGGAGGACAUGAGUGCACUAACACUACAAAAACAGGAGGCCGAGGCAGAACUGGAAAGGAUGAAGGACAGAAUAAGGAAAAUGUCCAUGCAAAGGAGGGAGGAAGAAGAGGAGAGGAAGAAUCUACAGAGAGAGGCUGAGGCUGCCCAUAACGAAUUGCAGACCCUCCAGGAGCGUCUGGCCUCCACUGAUCUACACACCGAGGCCUUACGCAGGGAUCUGAGUGAACUGGGAACCCUGCAGAGCCACAGCCAUGCUGAACUGCACCAGACCAGACUGCAGCUGGCCCAGGUCACCCUGCAACUCUCUCAGGCCAACCUGGCCCUGCGCGAGGGCCAAGCGGCCUGGGCACAGGAGAAAGAAGCACUCAGGCAAAAUGUAGAGCUGGAAAAGGAGCGUAUUCAAAAGCUGAUUCGAGAGCUUCAGAAGAAAGAGGAGUGGUUGCAGGAGGAGAGAAGUGAGCGUGAAAAACUGGAAGUCGAGCUCGGGAAAGAGAAAGACUGCAACCGUGAGCUGCGAGCCAGUCUGAAAGUUGCACAAAAGGAACGGGAAAUGCAGCAACUCGAGACACAGGAGCUCCUGGGACGCAUUCAUGAGCUGGAACAGAUGCUGGACACGGAGUCUGAUGCCAAGUGGAGUCAGGCAGCAUCCACAGCAACAGCCAAGAGUGACAGCGCACCAUCAGUUAAAGAUCUGAAGGAGAACCCUGAAGUGGAACCCCAGACCUUGGCUGACCCCCAAGACAAGCCAGACAGACCAGUAGACAUCAAUCAGAGCAGCCCUCUGGCUCCAAAAGAGCAGAGAGAGGAUCAGACGCUAAACACAGAGAUGGGGGAGCAAGAUGCCCAGUCAGAUCAGAAAGACAGUGAGGACAGCCCAUCCCUCAUGCCCGAGCUGACGUUUCCGAGCCUCAGUGGUGUGACUUCUUCACUCCCCACAGUGAUCUUGUUGACUACCCAAUGUGGUGACACAGAGGAAACGGAGAGAGACCUGAUGCUGCUUGUUUACAUCAGCGCAGACCGUGUGCCCAGGAUCAGUGUUCACUCCAACUUCACUAUUCACUCAGCUGACCCAGCUCACAAAAUGGGUCAGCCCCAGAAAUAG